CAAGUAGGGCCGAAGCCCAACCGAUCUUCACCGGAGAGGACAAAGCCCAAAGGGAGUGCGUGUGCGUGCGCUCCUCUCAGCAGGCGGCGGCGGCGGCAGCAGCGAGCAAGCGAGCGGCAAAUCGCCGGCGGCGAGGGCGCGCGACCGAGGCGUCUUGAGCCCCCGCCAUCCGGGUUCGUUCAACCAGAGGCCCUCACACACCACCUGCUCGACCGACUUCCAAAGAUAGGGAUGAUCAAGUCCAAGAGCGAGAGGCAUGGCAGCACCGGUGACAGGAUCAGCGCCCUCCCCGACGACCUGCUCCACCACGUCAUGUCCUUCCUGACGCCGUGGGAGAUUGUUCAGACAUGCUUGCUCUCAAGGCGGUGGCGAAAUGUCUGGGUAUCUGCAAGGUGCCUCAGCAUCGACUCGGACCAGUUCAGCACCUUGAGGCAGCUCAAGAAGUUUCUUGACAAUUUGCUUUUGGACCGCGGGUACACAGCGCUCCACACGUUCUGGCUCCGCAUCAACUUUGGCAUAUUUUAUCCCGAUUCUAUAGAUGAUUAUUGUCAAAUCCGUCCGUGGGUCUGCCAUGCCCUUAGGAGCAACGUCCAGGUUUUAGGUAUAGUCCACCAUGGAGAAAUUCUUACCAUUGGAAAUGCCUUCACCUCGUCGUAUCUCAAGAGGUUACAGCUACGCAAUUUUGACGUUGAUGACUGGUUUGUCAAGAAGCUGUUUUCUGGAUGCCCUAACCUGGAAGAGUUAGAGCUGAUAUGCUGUUUUGUUAACAUCAUCAAGUUUUCCUCUACCAAACUUCAGAGAUCGACUGUUACCACUACUGAUGAUCGUUCAAUAUCUUGCUUGGGCUUUGAAGAUAUGGUAAUAGAUAUGCCAAAGUUAGUUUCCUUAGACAUAAAGGAGGUUCCUGAUAGAAAUCUGUAUUUCGUGGAUGUGUCAUCGUUGGAAACUGCCUCAGUUUGCAUUGAUGAAUCCUCUUUCGCAAGUUCUCAAGUCGACUGCAAUGUUCUCAGUGCUCUUUCAAACAUCACCAGCUUGAGGUCGCUGUCUCUAACUGUCCGUCACAAGGUAUUGGAAAGGGAUGUGCUAAGGUGUGCUAAAUUCAACAGCCUGACAACUCUAUCGCUUGGUGAAUGGUGCUUGGGCUCUGGCUGCAGUUCGUUACUUCACUUGCUUCAACGAUCGCCUAAAAUACAGAAACUUAUCCUGCAUCUUACAGAUGUUGGUGCUUCUCAGUGUGAUCACCCUGAGCAACAUGCUGUCGUAGUAGGAGAUCCAACCUGCAGUGAAACACAAAGACCAUUCAAUUGUGAGAAUCUUAAGAAAAUCGAAAUCAACUGCCCACUAGGUGAUAAGAGAAUCCACGUCAUUGUGAGGAUCUUGUAUGAGAACAUUAACUCUCCGACAGAAAUUAAUAUCAUGAGCCAUUAGCUAUUUAUAAGGGUCAGCAUGUACGCUGAUACUGGAUUUUCAUGGCGGUGGUUAUCAGACUAUGGACUAAAAGUGUUCCUGAUUCCUGUAGGACUUCUGCUCCGUUUGUGGCUUGUUUUGUUUAACUGCCACAUGCCCACAUGUUUGUGCUUGCUGUUAUUCUUUAAUUAACGACUCCCAAAAAUUUAUCUUUGACAUUUAUGGAACAUCCCAUAACUGUUAUGGUAAUUGGUUGGAAUGUGUUUAAUGUAACUCGGUUAUCAUGUAGUCAUGUACACGUCGAUUCGAGACGAGGUAUUUGAAUCUUGUGAAUGUGAGAAAAGUCAGUUUAUCUUUCUA